CUGUGUGUGUGUGUGUGUUGAACUCAUUCCUCCCGACACUCCCUCCUCACUGAGUGGACUUUGAGUCUUCAAUAAGAGGAAGCAGACUGCACCAACACACACACACACACACUCGUUCGCUGAGGAGGCGCACACCCGUGCAUCAGGAACUCUCCACACAGCAAGAUGGCCAACAAGGGUCCUUCAUACGGUUUGAGCCGCGAGGUUCAGAGUAAGAUUGAUAAGAAGUACGACCCUGAGCUGGAGGAGCGGCUCGUCGAUUGGAUCAUGGCUCAGUGUGGUCCAUCGGUGGGAAAACCACAACCUGGCAAACAGGGCUUCCAGACGUGGCUUAAAGACGGAUGUGUUUUGUGUGAGCUCAUCAACAGCCUCUAUAAGGACUCAAAACCAGUGAAGAGGAUCCAGAGCUCCAGCAUGGCCUUCAAGCAGAUGGAGUUGAUCUCUCAGUUCCUCGCAGCCGCCGAGAAAUAUGGAGUCACCAAAAGCGACAUGUUCCAGACAGUGGACCUCUGGGAGGGUAAAGACUUGGCAGCAGUGCAGAUGACCCUGAUGUCAUUGGGAAGUUUGGCGGUUACCAAGGGCGAUGGCUGUUACCAAGGCGACCCCAACUGGUUUCAUAGGAAAGCACAAGAGAACAAGCGGGAGUUCUCGGAGGAGCAGCUGAAGGAGGGUCAGAGCGUCAUUGGCUUGCAGAUGGGCUCCAACAGAGGAGCAUCUCAGGCGGGAAUGACCGGCUACGGACUGCCACGGCAGAUCAUCAACAACAACUAAAGUUCGUGAUUUUCUGACCUACUUCGCUAUCAAAGAGUGUUAAAACAUGCGCCCAAGUUCUAACCACUCAGUCAGAAAACAAACUGGACAAUCGCGUCUAAAUCGCUUUUUACCGUCAUAUUAAACCAACAGACAGUAACGUAGUCCUGAAGACAUGAACUUCUGAAACAUUCCAGGCAAAACUCAUCUCAAAUUAGCCUAACGCUAAUCCAUGACCAUAAUCUCAGUUUGUUUGUGCAUUGUAUAUUGAUUUUUUUUUUCAAUAGAUGAUUUUUCAAAUAAAAAUUUUUUCCACCACAA